AAUGGCUCACUCUCUAGUUUGGACAAAAUUUGGGACACAGAUCAGUACUGUUUAACACCUUUGGAACAUAAGAAGGUCUGGAGUUUGGUGCCGCUCACAUGCGAGCGCUCGGCGCAUGGCUUCCGUUUAUGGAUCUAUGUUAUAUGUCUCUUUAUCGCCACACUUGUCUACGCCUUCAUUCUACUCACUUUGGUCUCGAUAAGAGCGGUACGGAAUGGUGGUUAUGGUGAAUCGCUUAUCUUUCAUUUGGCUUCUACAAUCAUUGGCCUAGCAGCGUUAACAUAUCUAGCGUUGAGAUCACGUUUGGAACUUUCCGAAACGGCUUGUCGUAAUAUUGGUUUCAUUGCUUAUGUAUUCUUGAUGUUCUCAUUCUUUCUGCUAACGAUUAUAAGUUGGAAUUUCUGGUAUAAUUUCAAGACGAGACGCUUGAGCAGUUGGAAACGUAAGAUAAUUUACAUGCUUGCCUUUGGCCUGGCCGUGGGUCUAAGGUUUUUAUUGAAAUUCAUACAAGACUCGGAUGUGUAUCAACCUUUAAAACCUGGUAUUGGUGAUGCGUUUUGUUGGUUUGAUGUACGCCUGUGGGGUAUUCUCCUCUACUAUUACAUCCCGAUUUUGAUCUGCUUGGGUUUCAGCAUGUUACUCUAUCUUCGAACCUACAUAAUCAUUUGGAAUUUAUCUGACGACAUCAUAAAUGUUGCUGGUUAUGAUAUUAAGCUGAUAAAAGCGCAUUUCUAUGCAUUCUUUGCCUAUCUGCUCGGCGUCUCCUGUGUAUGGCUGCGUGAGUUAGUGGUUUAUCUCACCUUCCGUUGGCGCGGCCAGUAUUAUAUCAUCGACUUCGUGACGGGAGUUUGCAUUUUCGGUUUAUCCAUUGCCGGUCUAUUUUUCCUACUCUACAAAAACCCAUUAGUACGCCUCUGGUGGCAUGUAAAUGUGACAUUUUACUUGCCUUACAGAACACCAGAGAGACCGGAUAAUGAUGUGUACUUAACGCAGAUCUAUCAUGCCGCAGAUCAAGCGAGAACGGAUAAACUCAAAGAGGGCUACAAGGACGAGAUCAAGGAAGAAGACAUCGCCUUGAAAUAAAUUUCUGAAAAGCCGUGAGCGCUAGAACUCGAAAUUCGACGAUCUUGUGUUCCAAGGCUAUACAAUUCAAUGCGCGAAUUCUAAGGAAAUAUCGAAGAGCCGACAGCUCUUCUGCAACUGUGGCUGCUUUUAGAUAGGAAACCUUUUUUUUAUAAUUAUUUAAAAUUGAUUAUUGAAGUCUCUCAAGACUUCCACUCACAUAAUCUUAUUUAACUACUUGAAUAUGUAGAAAAUUAAAAAAAUGGUAAAUAAAAUAGUUAAAUAUUUCAA